AGAGCGAUUGUGUAGAUUAUAGAAAAUAUGAGAGAAUGAGAUGAGAAAAGAAAACAAAAAUGAAAAUAUUAAGAUACGAGGCUUCUUUCUCGCAUUACAGAUAUUAAAUUGUAAUGGCGUUCGAGUUAGAUGAUCUUUUGAAGGACGAUAAAAAAGAUGCUAAUUUAAUACCAGAUCUGAGUAAAGCAACGUGUAAUUCUCAAGAGGAAUUCAGACAAUUAUUAGAACAUUGUCCAGAAUUUAAAAUCAAACCAGACAAGGUAAAAAGAGAAGAUACCAAAGUACGCGAUAAGGAAUUUUCUUGGAAAACAACUAAAAAAGAAUUAAAAGCUAUAGAGAGAGAAUGGGCAUACGGAGAUCCUAUACCACCUGAUAUGAAAAAUUUAAGUCUUCGAGAAUUACAGCAAGUUGCAAUAGAUUGGAGAAUGCUUACGCCGAUCAGACCGAAACUUCGCCAAGAUGAAGAGUUGUUUUCAAGAUUGGUAGAAAUGGGCAAAUUAGAAGCAAAAACCCGUAUGAAAGAACGACGCUCUUUUGUAAGUCCAAUAAGACGUAACAAAAAUCGAGCAGGUGUUAUCGAAAGUAGUGUUAAAAUCUGCGGAGAGUGCGGCGAAGAAUAUUGUUUCGGUGAAAGUUGUGGCGAUAUUUUGUAUGACUCGUACCUUCGAGUAACUGUUUUAACUCAACAAUCUAAAACAAAAAUCUCUGCCGAUACCGAGGCUAUUAUCGCUAACAUGAAUCGCCCUAAAAAGCAGAAGAAGAAGAAGAAGAAGAAACUUAAAGCGAAAAGUAAAACUCCCAGAAAAAGUACACAUUUAUUGAUUCAACAUGAAACGAGAAAAUCGGCUAGUAAAAAUCGGGAAAGUAAUAAAAAUAAGCGCGAAAGUGAUAUCGAAGAAUCCACAAAACCCGUUAAACAAUUUAAAAGAAAGUGCACUAAAUAUAGGAAAAAAGGUCAAUUGAAAAAAUAAUGAAACGAAUUAUGGACACAAAAACAAAUUUCCCAUAUUAAAAUUCUUCCAAGUUUUAUGAGAUUUUCCUUGUCAUAUACUUUUUCUAUAAUUACGUUGAAAUAUUGACAUAAACGUAAUUAAAUUAUAAAAAUGGACUUAAUAUCUUUAACAAUAAUAAUUAAAUAUAGAAACUUUAUAAAAAUAUACACUAAUAUAAAUCGUACUUUUAGUAAGGAUUAUAAGCGAUCAUUAUAUAACGUUUAUGAGCCUUGUAUCUAUAUACAUUUUCGCAUUUAAUGCUAUAAAUGUGCUACUAUUAUAUUCAAUAUAUGUAUAAUAACUUUUAUAUAUAAUUACUUUAACAUUUUGUUUAAACAUUAAUAAUUAAAAAAAAUUAAACUUCUAGGUAUUUAGUAUAAGGUUCGUAUUGAGAGUAGUUUUAAUGAUCUUAGAAUUUUCAUUCAUACACCAGUAACAUAUCUGUUUAAAAACAAAAAUAUAUGAAUUAUAAAUUAUAAAUAUAUUGAAAAUUAUUAUAUAUAUACUUUGUCAGUACAUAAACAAAUAUAUAAAUGCGCACAAUAUCGCACAAUUAUACUACAUACAGACAUAAUAAAAAACCAAUUAUAUAUGCUGGAAAAAUAUAAUUUUUAUUCAUUUAUUUGUAUCUUCCUCUUUGUUCUAAUUCACAUUAGCUCAUAUUUCUUGCACGCUUUACCGAAGUAUCACAACCAAAACCACAAUCACGUUAGAGAAACUUUCUGCUGCCAAAAUGAAGGGCAUUCAA